AAACAAAACAUCCUUCCCUCUUCCCCUCCAGGCACCCUGGGCGUCGUCACCGAGGUAACGAUAAAGAUCCGGCCCGUCCCCGAGUACCAGAAGUACGGCUCGGUGGUGUUCCCCAACUUCGACAUGGGGGUGGCCUGCUUACGGGAAGUGGCCAAACAGAGGUGCGCGCCUGCGUCCAUCCGUCUGGUGGAUAACGAGCAGUUCCAGUUUGGUCAUGCCCUGAAGCCGCAAGUGUCUUCAAUGUUUACAUCGUUUCUCGAGGGCCUCAAGAAGUUCUACAUCACCAAGUUCAAAGGCUUCGACCCGCAGCACCUGUGUGUCGCCACGCUACUGUUCGAGGGAGACCGCGAGAAGGUCCUGCAGCACGAGAAGCAGGUUUAUGACAUCGCCGCCAAGUUUGGGGGCCUGGCAGCUGGGGAGGACAAUGGCCAGCGCGGCUACAUGCUGACCUUUGUGAUCGCCUACCUCCGGGACCUGGGCAUGGACCACUUUGUGAUCGGGGAGUCGUUCGAGACCUCCGUGCCUUGGGACAGGGUCCUGGAUAUCUGCCGGAACGUCAAGGAGCGCAUCACUAGAGAGUGUAAAGACAAAGGGGUUCAGUUCACCCCGUUCUCCACAUGCAGAGUGACCCAGACCUACGACGCGGGCGCCUGCGUCUACUUCUACUUCGCCUUCAACUCGCGGGGCCUCAGCGACCCCGUGCACGUCUACGAGCAGGUGGAGCACGCGGCCCGGCAGGAGAUCCUGGCCAACGGGGGGAGCCUGUCGCAUCACCAUGGAG